AUGAUAUUUCAUAAAUGCUUUAAAAUUUGUUCGCUCUCUUGUACUGUUUUAUGGGUUACCGCCAUAUCAUCGAUCAUUCAACCAGACAAACAACAAGAAAAAGAUGAAUUAAGCAACAAUUUUAUUUCUACUGAACAAUUACUAGAUAUCUCAGAAAAGUGGAAAGCAUCAGAAUGGAAUAACAUGUUUAACCACAUCAGAAAUGAAUGGGAAGAUUUUUAUCUUGUGUUACAAAAUGAUGAAAGAAAUAUAUUACAAGAGAAACAUAGUAAUUGGAAUGAAUGGAUUCAACAUUUAGAAAAUAAAUGGGGAAACAUUAAUGAAAAUAUAAAUCCAGAAUAUAAAACACAUUUAUUACAUAUAUCAUUAACAUGGAAUGAAAAACAAUGGGAACAUUGGGCUUAUAAUACUUUAAAAUAUUUUCUUGAAAAUGAUUGGAAUAUCUUCAUACAAGAAAUUACAGAAGAAAUUAACACACAUAUUGAUCAACAAUGGAUAAAAUGGCUACAUGAAAAAAAUUCCAUGUGGCUAUCCAAUGAUUGGAUUAUUGAUGAAAAUUCCUUCUGGGAAAAAAUGAUAAAACUUGAUUCAUCAAAAUAUGCAUGGACACAAGACGUUAAACAAUAUUGGAUUAAAUGGAAAGAAAGAACAAAUCAUCAAAACUUUAUGUGGAAUAAUUGGAUACAUAAUAAAAACCAAGUAAUUAAUCAUAUGAAAAAAGAUAAACUGGAGGAUUGGGCAAAAGAUAAAUAUGAUUCCUUUAAUAAAUGGAGAGAAAUCUUCCUUCAAGAUUGGACAGCUAACCAAAAGUGGAAACAGCUAGCUAAAUAA